AUGCCCGAGCCGAAAUGGCGCCCCGGAAAACGGGUCGCUAUCGUUGGAGGAGGACCGGGGUCAAUUUCGGCCGGUUUAGCUUUCAUCAACCGAGGCUACGAUGUCCGUAUCUUCGAGCGACAACCUGAAUGCAAAGCUAUUGGAGGCGCAGUCUUGCUAUCAACACCUGUUUUGGCUAUUCUACGAUCCUAUGGGAUAGACCCAAAAGAUUUUGGCUCUUAUACAGUGACUUAUUUUAAGAAUAAGUCAGGCUUAGAACGCGUCAAAUUACCUUUCAACCCUGAUAUCGAGAAAUCUAUGGGUAUCAAGGGCUGGCACUAUGGCGUUCUUCGCUCUUCUAUGUUCAAGAAAAUGCUGGACCUCGUUCCCAACGAUGUUAUCUAUGCCGACCAUGAGUUUACCUCAUAUAUUGAGCAUGAGGAUAGUGUUGAGCUUUUAUUCAAGAACGGCCAUCGAGAAACAGCCGAUAUCUUGAUUGGGGCCGACGGGAUUCGCUCAGCUGUUUCUCGACAAGCAUUUGGCGAGCCUCAAUUGUUUCACACUGGAAUCCGACUCUGGCUUGCAUGGUGCGACCAGAUUCCUGACAUUCCACCCAACUACGGUUCCGUUUCGCAUGAUUGGAAACACCAAGCCAGCUUCUUCCCAAUGCUUCAUGAUGGAAAGCUAGGGUUUGAAUGGUGGGUGGUUGAGCCUUCAUGGGAUGGAAAGCCUGUCCCUGAAGACCCUAAAGCCCAUCUUACUGAGAUUCUCAAAGACUGGUCUCAGCCAAUGCCCCGCUUUUUGGAUGCUACGGACUUUGACACUCAAGUUUAUCGCUGGGAGAUUUUCAACAGACCGUCGAUGAAGAAGUGGUCUAGUGGUCGGGUUGUAUGCCUUGGUGACGCUGUACACCCAGUCUCACCAUAUGCUGCAUAUGGUAUGGGUAUGGCAAUUGAAGAUGGCUACUUCAUUGCUAAAUUCCUUGAUGGCGUUGACCUACGAAACCAGUCAGCAAUCAGCGCUGGAUUUGAGCUAUAUGAAAAACAAAGAGUCGACUAUGUCAAUCAUAAUGUCGAAUUCGCCCGUUUCCUUGGCAGAAUGUUCCAUUGCGUUCCCCGGCCUUUUGCUUGGCUCAGGGAUUGGAUUUUUGACUAUACACCUUUGCUGAGUAACUUCCUCAAAGAUGGCUACCUCAAAAAGUCGGAAGAGGAGACACUCGGUCUCAAAGAGCUUCAAGUGACUUCAAGUUAA